UCAAACUAAAGCACAUGACAAAUAAUCGAAAACUUUACUACAUGUUAAUUUAAACAGUUUCACAAUGUAUAAUCGUCCAAGGCAAUUAAAAAAUGAGGAAACCGAAGAAGAAUUAUUGAAACAACAAGAAGAAUUCUACAAAAAACUUGCCCAAAAAGUAGUAAACCCAGCUGCGAAAUUAAUAAAAACUGAUGACUACCGUAAAAAAUAUGAACCACAAAAUGAAACGUCACAGAUGGAAGCAAUUCCUAAUACCAAUAUUGUCCCAGAAUAUGUUAUGGGAAAUAUUAUUGAAAGAAUUGAGAUAUCACAACAAAGUCAGAUGACAAGUAUACCGAAAAAUCGACCGCAAGGUUUUCCACAAGCAUUUCGUCGGGAUAAGUCAAAUACUGCCGAUAAGCGUGGAAGUAUAUUUUCUCAAGAAAUGGCACGUAGAAAAUUAGCAAAAGUAUCUCCCAUAGAUGACAAUAAUCAAGUUAAUCAAGAAGAGAAAAUAAAAAUUGAAGAAUCCAAUGAUAGUUACAUCAUCAGUGGCCCAGAAAGUAAAGAAAUACAUAAAGAAAAUCUAAAAUUACUAAGUGAAUUAUCACCUACAGAAAUUUUAGAAGAAAAACAGAAUUUAAUGAUGACUUUGGAUCCAAAAUUAAUAGAAUUCAUUACCUCAAAACGGAAACAUAAAACAACUCAAGAGCCAACAACAAGUACAGUAAUGGAAAUUGAUGAAAAUUUUAAACAAGAGGAGACUGUGACAAAUACAGGAACCGAUGAUAUACCCCCCGUAAUCAAUGAAAUUUUAUCUGAUUCAAAUGCAGAUAAAUGGUUGCAUUUUGAUAAGUUAGAAUCAGAAAAAUAUGCUUGGAUGAAAAAUAUUGAGAUGCCUGUUUCCACUAAAGCUGGAGAUCAGUAUGAGGCACGAUUUGAUUUUGAAGGAUGGUUACAACCCUUUUCGAUAAAGGAUGUCCCAUUAAAUGAUAAAACACGAAUUUUAUACCAUCAUGGAAAUGAAGAAUAUCGACCUGGAUAUAGCCUUGAAGAAUUGAUACAUUUAUGCCGAUCAACAGUAUCCCAACAACGAAUUCUAGCAUUAAAUACAAUUGGAAAUAUAUUAGCACUUUACACAAUGGGAGUAUAUGAUGGUAUUUUUGAAUUACCCACUGAACAAAUCUUUUUCACGUUACGCGUUGCAAUCGAUGAAAAUACUAUCCCCGUAUUAGCGGCUGGUGUAUGUGCAUUACGAAAAAUUUUUUAUUACGAACUUGAUGAAAUAUGUAUUGAUAAUUUUAUGUUAUAUAAUUGUGAUUUAACUCAACCAAUUUUGGAAUAUAAAAUCGAAAAAAAUGAAAGUAAUCCUGAAAAUACAGAGAAUAAUAAUGAGGAAUUAAAUGACCAACAAUUAUCAGAAUCAAAUUUGAUAAAGUGUUUACUACGAACAGAUAUUCUAGUUCGUAUUAAAUAUAUGUUAGAAACAUUAAGUGUUCCACCGGAUGUGAUACAUAAUAUUUGUUCACUGUUAAUUCGAAUUGUUCGAGAUGAAGAGGAAGUUUUUCAACAAGUUAAUAAUUUUUUUGAGAAAAAUGGUUUAUUUGAAUUUUUUGUGAAUUCAGUGUUGUCCGCAUCAGCAUCAUUAACACCUUUGGAUUUGAAAGCUAAGUCAUCAACUUUAAAAUUACUUAGACUAGUUAUGAUAAGAAGGGAAGAAUUUGCUUUACAGAGCAUUCAGAAAUAUAAAAUUAUGCCCAUAUUGUUACAAGUUUUAACAAACGACGCUCCUACAGGUGAUUUUGUAUAUCUACAAAUGGAAUCGUUUUUAUAUUGUGCUGCACUACUGAAGUGGAAUGUCUUAUCUAAGGAAUAUUUUAGUGAAUUACAUUCUGUGAUUACAAAACAUUUAAUUUAUCAUUUAAAUCAUACAAAUAUUCCACAAUAUAAAUCACAAACAUUUCGACAUUAUUGCUCAAUUUUAUGUGUAAUUUCAAAUUUUACAACGCCACAAGCAAUCCAAUUGAAUUUAUUACAAGAUUGUCUAUGUAAAUGGUUAACACAACUUUCUACUUUAAAUAAUUUCCAAUGUGGAAAUUUAUUAAUAAUAUCAAGUACCAUGAGAUGCUUUUUAAAUAUAAAAUUAAAACCUUCUGUAUCUGUCGAAACUGCUUUAAAAAAAAUUUUAACUACAAAUAUUUCUGAGCUGACACAAGAUAUAAGAAAAUCAUCUAAUUUCUUAUGCUCGUUUAAACCACAUGAAACAUUAUCGGCUUUGGAUAGUGUUCAAGCUUCUAUUUGGAAUACUUCCGAACAUAUUAUACCAAUUUUACAAACUUCAAGUUGCUUACCAUUUUUGACUUCUUUUGCAUCAUUUAUUUUAGAGUUUUGUGAAUCCAGCAUAAUUUUGGAAUUUCUCCAACAUAAAAAUAUUCAAUCUUAUUUAAAAUCAAUUUAUUCCUCAAAACAGUUAAAUCAAAUCGAUAAUUGGUUUACUCGAAUCGAAGCUGAGUUAGUUAUAAAAUGUUUGAUGUUAAGUUUGAAAAUUAAACAAAAACUGAAUGAAAAUGAACGCUAUUUUUAUUAUAUUUUAUGUUUAAAAACAAUUCAUAUACAUCGAAAUGAACAUAAACAAACUUUGGGCAUCAUUUUUGAAAAUAUAAUAUUCAGUCGUGAUUAUAUACCGAACGAAAAUUUAAUGAGGUGUUUAGAAAUCAAUACAACUUCAAGUUUUACUCAAUGUUUCGAGCAAGUGCAAAAUAUUAAAGAAUAUUUUAUGAAAUUACUUGGAUUUGAAAGUUCUACACAGGAUGGAAUAUGGAGUAUGAUUUUAAAAAAUAAACAGUCAGGAUUUUUACCAACUGAUUGGUUUUAUUUACCAAUUAUUCAUGAAUAUUCCAAACAAAAUGAGAAUAGUACGGAAGAAUUAAAAAUAUCAAUUGUAAGAUGUUUACAAACUGUAUGUCUGUUUGAGACACUUAUACCAGAAAUAUCCAAAUUUUUGAAUGUAACUGAUCGAUAUUGUCGUUUGGCAUGUGUAUUUUUGUGCAGUUCGGACAUAUUUUUGGAAGUUGAUGUACAAAAUCUUUUGGAAACUUGUUUUAAAAAUAUUUUUAAAGUUGAAUGCUUAAAGGAUUUAAAUUUUUAUAAAAAAAUUCAAGGUUUAAAUAAUUUUGAAGAUUUUUAUGCAUCGUUAUUGGAACAAUAUCAAGGAGUUAGUUAUGGUAAUAUACUCUUCGGUAAUGUGAUAUUAUUACCAUUAAUACAAAAUAAUGGUACUAAAUGGCGAAAAAUGGUUUGGUCCGAAUAUGCUGGUGUUAUACAGAUUUUAAAUCUUCAAAUGGAACAAGUAAUGAUUCCAAUUGACGAAUUUUUAUAUCCAAUAGAAACAGAUGUAUCAUUACUGAAAUGUUACAAGCGUUCCUUGAGUUUUGACCACGUGAAACGUAGUCCAUUUUUAAGGCAUGUUAUUGAACAUCAUUUACAAGAAUAUGUUAAAAGUUUAAAAUCGAAUAAAUAAACUAAAAUAUUUAAAAGUUA